GCUCACGGAAAAAGCAAGGGAAAAGAUAUGAAUAAGGUUCAGUGUUUUAGUUGCAAGAAUUAUGGGCAUAUUGCAGCAAAUUGUACCCAGAAAUUUUGCAAUUAUUGCAAAAAGCAUGGGCACAUCAUCAAAGAUUGUUUAACUUGCCCUCAAAAUCGUCAAAACACUGCUUUUCAGGCAACAAUUGGCAAUUCUUCUAUAGAUCAGAUUCAAACUGGGCCCUCAACUAUGUCAACAAUCAAUCAAAUUGCUCAAUUCACUGUUCUUACUCCUGAAAUAGUGCAACAAAUGAUAGUUUCAGCCCUCUCAGCUCUGAGACUCCAAGGAUCAGGAAUCGGGGACGGUGAUCGCGAAGGGGCCUAAAGUCGGAUGUUUAUUUCCUCUGCACAUUUCCAUUCCUAGUAAUGUUUCUUUAGCAUGUUCUGCUGUUAUUAAUAAAAAUGAAGUGUGGCAUAAACGUUUGGGACACCCCAAUUCUACUAUAUUGUCUUAUUUGUUGAAUUCUGGUUUAUUAGGCAAUAAUAAUAAAUUUUCAAGCAUUUCUUUUGAUUGUUCAACUUGUAAAU